AUGCGUUCUGGUGUCCUUCUUUCUUUGGCUCUGGGCCUCUUCUCGGCCGAGUCGCUUGCAUCGCCAUGCAAGCCACAGUCGGGUUCUUCUUCGGUCGUGAUUGUGUCGUCGGAGGCUUCGACUUCGGUGACCUCUUCUGAGCUGUCGCUAUCAUCCACGGUCACAGAGACAUCAUCUGCCGAAACCGAGUCCGAGACUUCAAAGUCGACAGAGUCAAGCGGAACUACCGAAGUUGCAUCUUCGACCGAGUCCGCGAUCUCCCAAACCGCCUCGGCUACUGUUUCUAGUGCUGAUUCGACCACACUCUCUACUGAAUCCACAACCGCUGUGUCUUCAACCGAAUCCACUACGUCUACCUCCGCAACUGAGUCUACUUCUUCUACCUCGGUAACUGAGUCUGCGACUUCCAGAUCAACCACCCAACCCACGACAGAGUCUGCAGAGUCCUCCACAUCCGAGGCUGCUUCCACUUCCUCCAGCUCUGUGGACGCUUGCGCUACCCCUAACCCCAACCCAAUCUUCAGGGCAGUCGUUCAGGGCAGUGGAGGGAACCAAGUGAUCUUGACCAACGGUCAACACGGCAACAACCUCUUCCUCAGCACAACCUCCAGCGGCUACUCUACCAUGGGUUUCACCGUCGAGCCCUGCACCAACUAUCUGCGCCAAACCGACGGAAAAUACAUCUGUGUCACCUAUGGACCCAGCGACUAUUUCCCGCCCACAUUGGUGACCUGCCAGUUGCCGACCAUUUCCUGGUUCAAACCCGUGACCUGCGAGCAGCCCGUCGCUGGUCAGCCUCUGGUGUGCAACGCGCCGCGGGGCGAGUGUACUCCUGGAUGCCACGAAACGGGGGGCACACCAUUUAGCCAGUUCUAUUCCAUGGCUUCCCCGGAUCCAUUCCAACCCGCCACGCUUUUGUACUUUGGCAACUCUGUCGAGGAGGGUGCUCCAGGGACUUACACCGCCGUCGAUUUCGUUGCCCAGCAUUAUGUGGCUGACCCGCCUGCUCCUACUGAGUAA